CAUUUGAGUGAGGCACACAGUCUCUUGGAGACAGAUCUUUGUGGCGCAUACAGGUGCGCACAUUUGACGAUGGGAGUGUCACUUUUGGCUCUGCUGCUGCUGUGCGCAGUCUGCCGGGCAACCAACAAAACUGUGAGGGAGCAUUUCAUUGCAGCUGUGGAAAUCGGCUGGGACUAUGUCAGCGUUGGAGAUGGUGGCACAACGUCUGACCAAAGGUGGCUGUCCAAAGGCACGCCUCAGAAAUAUAUCAAGGCAGUUUACAGGGAGUACACGGACGCCACGUACACUGUCCCCAAGCCGAGGCCACCUUGGUCAGGUAUUCAAGGUCCUGUGAUUGUGACUCGUUCCCUUGAAAGGGUGGUUGUUCACUUCAAAAACCUGGCAUCACGGCCUUACAGUAUCAGCCCAGUGGGUAUAACAUACUGGAAGCAGUCUGAAGGAGCCGGCUAUGAUGACUCCACAGCAGGCAAGGAGAAAGAGGACGAUGCGGUCCCUCCCGGAAAAUACCACAAGUAUGUGUGGGACAUCAGCGCUGCCGACGGGCCCACAAUUGAUGACCCCGAGUGUCUUACCUACUCUUAUUCAUCCCAAGUGGACCCAGUCCGCGACCUCAACUCUGGACUUGUUGGUGCCCUGCUCAUCUGCAAGUCAAGUGCAUUCAGUAAGGACAACCAAAGGAGAAAUACUGCGUUCGUGCUGCUCUUUUCUGUGUUUGAUGAGAGCAAGAGCUGGUAUGGGCAAGUGGAAGAGAAGAGGAGCAGAGAGAACACGAAGAAGAACAACAGUAGGAAAGAAUAUCACAACAUCAAUGGCUACAUCAAUUCCACUUUGCCUGGUUUGACGAUGUGCCAAAAACGUGUGUUUUGGCAUAUGAUUGGUAUCGGUACUGCCCCAGAAAUCCACUCCAUCCAAUUCCAGGAUAACACUCUGAAGGUGAUGAAACAUCGCAAAGCGACCAUAGAGUUUACCCCCAUGACCUUUGUCACUGCAGAAAUGAAGCCUGGCGCAGAAGGCCGCUUCCUCAUCAGCUGCCAGAUACAUGCACACCGCACAGAUGGCAUGAGAGCAAUGUUCAAGGUGGAGAAGUGCCCUGGACCCGAGCUUCGCAAUGUCAAAGAAGAAGACUACGAUGAGUAUGAGGAGAGCUACUUCAACACCAUCAAUUUACAGCCCAUGAGGCCACGAGCACAAGGGGGAACCAGCAGGAGUCAGCAGACCAAAAUCUGGAAACAUUACAUUGCUGCCGAGGAGCUCAUGUGGGACUACGCUCCUCAUCUCACUAACCAAAACAGAGGCAUGCCUGGGGCCCCUCAACACCACAACUACAAGUAUAAAAAGGUGGCUUAUGUGGAAUACACAGACAGAUCUUUCACUCGGAGGAAAAACAAAGACAGGACGCUGAUGGGUCCACUCCUGAAAGGAAAAGUCACUGAUCGGUUCCACAUCACAUUCAAAAAUCUGGCCAGUCGUCCUUUUAAUAUCUACCCCAAUGACCUCACCAAAAUCUAUCCACUGCAGAAGUCCACAAAUGGUAAGACACAGGUUGCAGUCAACUCCAUUGACUUGCGGUCAAUGGAGGUGCCCCCAAAUGGGACCUUUGUGUAUGUCUGGGAGAUAACCCCCAAUGAUGGGCCCUUGGAGGAGGACCACGAAUGUCUCUCUCAACUGUAUCAAAGCACCGUGUCUCCAGAGAAGGAUCUGGCUUCAGGGUUGGUGGGCACCUUGCUCAUCUGCAAGUCUAAAGCCAUUGACACCAGAGGAGUCGUGUUGGCGUCUGAUAAACAGGGGACUCUUACGUUUGCCGGCUUUGAUGAGAACAUAAGUUGGUAUGUGAAUGAAAACAUUCAGAAACACCAGAACUUAUCUAAAAGCACAGACCCUGAAGGCUACAACUCCAAUGUUAUCUACAGCAUAAAUGGCAUCAUGUUUGGUGGGACCCUAUUAUCCAUGUGCCAGACCGAUGUCACCUUCUGGCAUGUGGCCAAUGUGGGCACCCAGAGCAACUUCCUGUCUGCCUACUUCACUGGAAACGUUUUUAAGUAUAAUGGCCUUCAUCAAUCUGUCCUCACCCUCUUUCCAAUGACCAGCAUGACCGUUCUUAUGGAAAUGGAGCUGUCAGGUGAAUGGGAGAUCAGUGCCUUCGAUGGCAGCCUCAAGAGCCGGGGGAUGAGCACUCGCUACACAGUUUGCCCCUGUGAUUAUGGAGAUGCGCUGGUCGACCGAGACGAAGACAUCAAUGAUCUCUUUGACUGUGUGGACAUACUGCCAAAGAGCAGGAGACCUACGAACACAGCAAAGAUUUGGGUGUGCAGGAACAUUACUGACAGUCAAAAUGACACUGAUGGAGAUAUUAAGUGGACUGUGAAAGGAGACCAAAUCUGUCGAUUAAAGAGUGUGACUACAAUGUCUUCGGAGGGAGGAAAUACAACUAGUGUACCUGAGGGCGGAAUCCCACUGGAGGUCUUGAAAGAACUGGAGAAAAAUGGGGAGUGGAUUAUGGAUUUGAAUGAGUCCGAACAUGAAAGAAGUGGCAGGCACAGCAGAGAGGCAGAGGGAAACUGGACAGAUGAAGACGUGAGUUCUGUAGAGACUGAAGAUGAUGAAUUAGAAAUACUGUUAGGGGGAGAGACCAAAGACCAAAGGAGCGGGAUGCCGCUUAAAAUGAAUAUGACGAAGGAAGAGAGCAAUGAGAUUUUACCAGACAGAAUUCCAAGUCUCAAGGAGAAGCUUUUAACCGAAAGCAAUUCACUGGAAAUGGACCAAUCCUUCAGAGAAAGCCACAUUGAGCGUGACGCUGUACGGGCAGACUCUAAUUCCACAGCCACAAAAAACAUGACAGGAAUCAACCUGUCUUUAAAUUAUGACGACUACAGCCAAGAGGACGACAACACAUCUGUCGUAAUUACCUCCAACAAAAUUGACAUUCGCUCCAGAAAAACAGUAUACCGUCAUUACUACAUUGCUGCAGAGGAGAUGGACUGGGAUUAUGGCAUCAGAAAAGCCUCCUAUCUUAUUACACCUGGAGAGGAGCGCCGUGGAAUGAGGAAGUUCCUGACAGAAUACAAAAAGGUGGUGUAUCGUUCCUAUCAUGACAAAGACUUUCUGCAACGCAACCUCAUAGGAGAGAUUGACAGACACCUGGGAAUCAUGGGACCUGUCAUCAAAGUCGAAGUUAAUGAGCUCCUUACUGUAAUAUUCAAGAACAAGGCAUCCAGGCCCUACUCAUUUCACCUUCAGGGAGUUUAUGAUCGUAGUCAGGGGUUCGGCAUGGCGCAACAAUAUGCCCAAUCCCUGACAGCUGGGGUCCCUGGAGAGCCUGUCCCACCCGGAGAGGUCCGCACAUAUAACUGGAGAAUCACAAAGAAACAAGGUCCCACCGAUGCGCAAUUUGACUGCAAGGCUGGAGCGUACUACUCUACUGUGGACAAGGAGAGGGACCUUCACUCAGGUCUGAUUGGCCCACUGAUCAUCUGUAAGGCUGGGACUCUGCCGGCUGCAAAGAACUCAGAAGUGGGACAAAUGAUCCAGGAUUUCAGCCUUCUCUUUCACACAUUCGAUGAGACCAAAAGCUGGUAUCUGGAGGAGAACCUGAAGAAGCACUGUGUGUCUCCUUGUGAGGUCAACCCAGAUGACUCCUGGUACCACGUCGGCAAUACAUUUGCUGCAAUAAAUGGCUACGUGGCAGAGACACUUCCUGGUCUGGCGAUUGCACAGCGGCAGCGAGUCAGGUGGCACCUGUUAAAUGUGGGGAGUGAUGGAGAGUACCACGCUGUGCACUUCCAUGGGUUGCCUUUCACCCUGCACAAUGGGGAGGCGCACCGAAUGGGCAUCUACAACCUCUUUCCUGGUGUAUUCGGCACCGUGGAGAUGGUCCCCUCCACAGUGGGCACAUGGCUGGUUGAAUGCACUGUUGGAGACUAUCAGCUGGCUGGAAUGAGAGCUAAACUGUUGGUUUACGAUCCAGCCUGUAAUUUACCUCUGGGAAUGAAAUCCGGUAGCAUCCAGGAUUCGCAGAUCAAUGACUCAGAUCACGCAGAUAGUUGGGAGCCCCAUUUGGCCAGGCUGCAUCAGUCGGGUUAUAUCAAUGCUUGGAUGGGUAGAGACGCAUUCUCCUGGAUACAGGUGGACCUUCUGAAGCCGACUCUGCUGCAUGGCAUUGAGACGCAGGGAGUGAGGGCAAGCCUGAGGGACAACUACGUGUCAUUAUUUAUCGUUUCCUAUAGUCUGGACCAGCGGUGGUGGACCACCUACCAAGGGAUCAACAUGAAUCACUCCAUUAAAUUUUACGGAAACGCAGACAGCUCCACAGUGAAGCAUAACCGGUUCUUCCCUCCCUUUGUGGCUCGCUACAUCAGGAUUCACCCUGAUAGCUUUGUGCGGAGCCCUGCACUGCGACUGGAACUACUAGGCUGCGAUCUUAACAGUUGCUCAUAUCCACUUGGUCUCAGGAGCGGACUGAUUUCUGACAUUACCGCCUCCUCAUAUCGUUCAUCCAUGCUGCGUACAUGGAGUCCCACCCUCGCCCGCCUUCAUCAGGAGGGCAGAGCCAAUGCCUGGAGGCCCAAGAGUAACAACCCUCAUGAAUGGCUGCAAGUGGACCUGACCUCAGUCAAGCGCAUCACAGGUGUCAUCACCCAGGGGGCGAGGUCUUACUUAACACAGAUGAUGGUCACAGAGUUCUCAGUGUCUGUCAGUCUCGAUGGAGUCUCAUGGAGCACUGUGUUGGAGAAGGACUCGCAAAGGGAGAUGAUCUUCACGGUUAAUAAAACCGACCCGGACGAAGAGGCCCUCACCGUUUUUGAGCCGGCCCUGUUCGGCCGCUACUUGCGCAUCUACCCUCGUGGCUGGAUCAACGACAUCGCUCUGCGCCUCGAGGUGCUGGGUUGUAACACGCAGCAGGACUUCUAACAAGCAGUUAGUUCCACAAAGCACCUAUUAGUUGCACAUCAACUCUCCGCUAAACGACAUGGUAUUGCAUCUAUUGUUCCUGUUAGAGAAGUGGAACGGAUAUGUUGUGGAAAUGGAACGAGAGGUUGUUACUUUCAAAAGCAUUUGCCUCGGACAUGCCAACAUCUUCAGAAUGUAAGCUUGUGUAAAUAUUUCACACAGUAAUGCAAGUAUACUGUUUGAAUGAUUGUUAUAUAUUGUUGGAAAAGUAUGGACUGGACAAGUAUCAAGGGAUGUAUAUUUCUGCUUUGGUUAAAUUUCAUAUAAUGAGUCUUCUUUGCAUGCUUCAGGUGUGACGAUAAUAUAAACAAUAUUUACACAAA